CUAAGUAUGGUCAACGUCAACCUAACAUUUAAAGGAUUUGCGUCCGAUAACAACGUCAUCCAACGAACGGAGCAGGCCAACAAGACUUUGACACUGGCGAUACUCGCCACCAUCGGCCUAGCAGUAAAGAACCGUCAAGAGGGAAAACUAGACAAAGUCUCUUACCGACCUGUAAGGCUGUAACCGAGCACCUAAACGUCCUAGAAUAUGGUAGUGUAUACCCUGUAUAGAAGCCCGUGCUCAAGAGAAGGGGAAAAAAUCAAUGGGGUAUAAGGUAAAGACAGUUAAACAAAGGAAUGGUCGUGCCAAAUUUCCAUUUCGAGUUCAACCGCCCUCAUAUAUGCACCUCUACCUCCUCCUUCUCCCAACAAAGUCUCGUCACGAGCGACAAUGUCUCUUGUUCAAUGGGCGACACCUAGCAUCCUUUCUUUCUUCCUGAUUCUCCUCUACAUCCGCGACAAUGACAGGAAGCUAAAGGCUAUUCCAGCGCGUGCAGCGCAUUUCUCACCAGUUCGUUGGUCGCCGAAGGACGUGGAGAGGAUGGCUUCCGAGUGCGAGCUUGCCGCCCCGUCGAUAGAUGACCAGCUGCCGCCGAAGACCGGAAGGAGGUAUAUAGUUGUUGGUGGAGCAGGAUUCCUUGGUGGGUGGAUUGUACUGCAGCUGCUUAAACGGGGAGAAGACCCCAAGUGUAUCAGAAUACUCGACAUUCGUCCUCCAAAACGCCUAGAUCUCCUCGAAGGAAAGGCAAAGGACGUGAAUUUUAUCCAAGUUGAUAUUUCCGACAAGGUGGCCGUCGACGCGGCUUUCAGCAAGCCUUGGCCUGAUGACGACAAGUCACCAAUAUCGGUAUUCAACACGGCCGCUAAUAUACGGUUCUACGAACGACACGCUUCUCUCAUCCCAUUAUCCGCCAAGGUCAACGUCCAAGGUCCCGAGAAUAUCAUUGACGCGUGCCGGAAAGUCGGCGUGUCAAUUCUCGUACAUACCUCGUCCGGCUCCGUUGCAGUGCAUAGCUCACGUUUUCUACUCUGGCCGUGGCAGGAGGAGCCCAGACAGUUUGUCCAAGUCAUCAACGACGACGAUGAGCUUAUUCCCAAGGCCCAUCAAGACUUUUUCUCAAAUUAUGGAUAUACGAAACGACAAGCAGAAGUACUGGUGCGUGGGGCCAACGACGCGGAUGGGCUUCGAACCGGGUGCUUGAGGCCGGGGAAUGGUAUCUUUGGUGCUGGAGGAGACAUGCUUUGCGGGGCAUAUCUCGUCCGGAAAAGCAACCCUACAUGGAUACAGAACAUCGUCUCCUCGUUCGUAUAUGUGGAAAACUGCGCCGUUGCGCAUCUUCUCUAUGAACAGCGCCUUAUCGAGUCGCCCAAUCUUGGCGGACAAGCUUUCUGCAUCGCUGACCCUGGCCUACCCCCAACCUACGGGGACGUCUACACCGAACUCGAAGUCCUCGACGGAGAAGUCUCCUUUCCCCACCUUUCCCCCACUUUCAUACUCCUCCUCGCCUAUUUUUUCGAGUUCCUCUACCUCACGCGCUACCUUUUGAAUGUUUACGGAUACCCUUUCCUGGCUAGUUUUAUACCCAAUAUCGGUGGAAGCGAUCUCGUCAACCUCCAACCUUCUCUGUACAAUUUGACGAUGGUGCAUCUGAUUUUUGAUGAUUCCCGGGCGAGGUUGUCGCCGGAUAAGGGAGGGUUGGGGUAUAAGGGCGCUUUUACGACGUUUGAGGGGCUGUAUAAGACGGCCGUGGAGCAUAGACGUGGUUUGAAUCGGCCUGGGGCGAUGGCGAGGUCUGAUGUGGCGGGAGUGAGCUUUAAAGGGAUGGGGUUCAUGAAGGCCCAGCGUGGUGUUGGAUGGCUGGCAGAUAAGAUCAAGGAGGAGACUGGUGUUGACCCGGUGGAAGUCUUGGCGAGUUCAUGAUACUCUGGGGUUCAGAAGGACAUGGAAUAUACCGCGCUCUUGUAUUAUGAGCUCAAUGGACUGCUGUGCAUCGAAGCAAAUGCGCGAGAACGAUGGAACGUUGUUCAGAUCUGCAGUACUUCCCAAUUACUUACUGUAGCCUUAGGUCAUUAUUAUUCUCGGGAGGGGCACAUAUGACUUUCGCGACUUUUAUGUGCUGUCCGUAUAGCGAUGCCAACACGGUAGUCACCUCAACGAAAAAAAAAAAAACCAGACCAC